CCGAAUAUAACCAAACCGAACCCGAACCGAAACCCGAAUUGGCCACCCCCACCGCAUAUCAGAGAUCAAAUCCAUGUAGAAUCAUCCAUCUUUAACUGUUGAUUCAGUUCAGUUCAACAUGUCCGAACCAAACUCUAAGAAGCUUCACGUAGUGGUGUUCCCAUGGCUGGCUUUCGGACAUAUGAUUCCUUUCCUAGAGCUCUCCAACCGAAUCGCCAUGAAAGGCCAUACCGUCUCCUUCAUCUCCACGCCUCGCAACAUUUGCCGUCUUUCCCAGAUUCCAUCUCUAUCCUCCACUCCCGUUACAUUCGUGGCUUUACCAUUACCUCCCGUCGAUCACCUGCCGGAAAACGCAGAGGCCACCACCGACUUGCCGGAGACCCAUGUCGGUUUCCUCAAGAAGGCCUUUGACGGGAUGUCCGAAGCUUUCUCGGAGUUUCUAGAAGCUUCUAGACCGGACUGGGUCAUCUUUGAUUUCGUCCAACACUGGGUGCCCCCCAUCGCCGAGAAGCUCGGUGUCUCUCGAGCUUUCUUCUCCACGUUCAAUGCGGCCACUAUCUGCAUAAUAGGAGGGCCGUCGUCGGAUAUGAUUGACGGACGUGACCCUCGCAAGACUGCCAUGGACCUGACGGUGCCUCCACCCUGGGUGCCGUUCGAGACACACGUGCUGUUCCGUCUGUUUGAGGCCAGGAAGAUCAUGGAGUACCCGACGGCUGGUGUGACUGGUUCCGACUUGAACGACAACUACCGGGCUGGUCUGGCUUGUACUGGCUCUGAUGUCAUCGCUAUCAGAACAUGCAUGGAGCUUGAACCCGAGUGGAUCCAACUGCUCGGUAAGCUCCACGACAAGCCCGUGAUUCUGACAGGUUUACUGUCAGCUGGACCAGUCGACAAUCCUGACGACAGGACAUGGCAAGAUAUCAGCGGAUGGCUAGACAAACAGCAAAGAAACUCAGUUGUCUAUGUGGCUCUGGGAACUGAAGUGACUGUAACUCCCGAAGAGAUCCAAGGUUUAGCUCAUGGGUUAGAGCUAAGUGGAUUGCCUUUCCUCUGGGCACUUAGGAAGAGAACAGAAGCUUCUGGUCAACUACUUCCCCAUGGGUUCGAGGAGAGAGUGAACGGGCAAGGAAUCGUCUGGACAGGCUGGGUGCCUCAGACUAAGAUACUGAGCCACGGCUCGAUCGGUGGGUUCGUUACUCAUUGUGGGUGGGGGUCGGCCGUGGAAGGGCUCAGCUUCGGCCGCCCUCUGAUCAUGUUUCCAUGUAACCUGGACCAGCCACUGGUGGCGAGGUUUCUAGCGGGGAUGAAUGUGGGUGUGGAGAUUCCAAGGGAUGAGAAAGACGGGUCAUUUACGAUUGGAUCAGUGGCGGAGACGAUUAGGAAGGUGGUGACAGAGGAGGAUGGAAAGAUAUAUCGAGAAAAUGCAGCGUCCCAGCAGAAGAGAGUGUUCGGGAACAAGACAUUGCAGGAUCAGUAUGUGAAUACUUUUGUCGAGUUUCUAGUGAAUCAUAGAGCAUAGGUUAUACAAUCGGACGAGAUGUAAGCAUCCUUUGCUGCUUUACUUUUUUGUUUGUUUUGGUAUUGGGCCGGGCUAUUAGAGAUCAUGGGCCUGGAUUCUGGACUCUGCGAUUUAUUACUUCACAUAUCUUCUCCUCGGCAAAAGCUUCAAAGAUUCAAUUUUGAUCA